AGUGUUGUUUUGUGUCGAUAGGAUUACUCUAACUCUUAGCCUUCAGUAUUCAUGAAUUUAGAUCAAUAGCAGCUGUGGUCAGUAGUCAGUAGUCAUUAAUUAUUAAUAAUUAAUGUGCUGCACCUAAAUAUACGCUUUACUAAACUAUAAAAAUAUAUAACAUUAAUAGUCUAUUGAAUUGUUUAUAGAAUAGAUUAUAUAUCUUAUAAUUUCAAAAAAUACGUGAAUCUAGUUUGCAUUUGUAAACAGAAUGUCUGGACAGAAAGUAGCAGUGGUAAGUGGUUGAACAAAAUUAAAUAACUAUGAUAAUAUUUAUUUAAUCCUAAUCAUUAGUAUUAUGCUAAAUUGUUUCACCAUUAUACAAUUACUCUAGAUGUAAUUGAACAUUCUGUAUAAUUGGUAACAAACAAAGAAAAUAUAGAAUACAGUUUGUUUUAUAUAAAUUAUAGCCUAUAUAUUGUAUAUAUAUUAAUAAUUAUUAAUUUACAGAAAGGUCUGUGUAUUUCAUGAACUGUGCAGUUACAUUACAAUUACAUGUUCUAGUUCUAUACAUAAAAUUCAUACUUCUUAUUUCUGCUUGAAUGAGACAUCAUGUUAAAACUGCUAACUUGACACUUUUGGCUAGUAGUCUACAUGUCUACUUCUAAUAUUUUAUGUAAUUGUGAUGCAGUUUGUAAAGGCUAAAGGGCUGUAGUACACCACUGGCUAUUUUUUGCUUGAUGUUGUAGCCUAUAGUUUAAAAGGUAAAACAAUAUCAAUGAAGCUUUAUUGAUGAAAUGAAAUUUAUAAAUUUGAAGAAAAAAAGUUUAGUGUUCAGGUCACUGUUCUUGUAAUGCUAGUUUUCAAUAAAAAGCAUUUCCUUGAUUCUUAGGUGACUGGAGCAAACAAAGGCCUUGGUUUUGCAAUUGUUAGGGGACUUUGCAAAAAUUUUGAAGGGGAUGUCAUUCUUACUGGUAGGCCCUAUAUCUUAUCAUUUUUUAUUCACUAAAUUAUUGCAUUGCUGUUUAGGCAUUAUACUAAACUAUAACUCUUUAAUUCACUAAUAUCCAUUGUAAUCUUUUUGAUAUGUUUUAAAGAGUAUGUUUCUUGUACUGUAAAUAAAUUGUGCAAAAUCUUGGAAAAACGGAUACCGGUAUUUCGCUUAGCUAUCAUGUUUUAGGUGCGUAAUUUAAAAAAGAUUUUUUUUAAUCCAUACAUCUCCAAUAAAAUUUCAAUGUGUCUUUAUUUGAAUUCAUAAUUACUGUGUAAGCUUUCCACAUUUAUCAGCUUUGAUCUGGGUAAGACCACUAGAUUUCAUAUAUUUGCUUAUGUUUAUUUAGCAUUUAUUUCAAAUAAAUUUAUCUUUCUAAUUAUAGCUCGUGAUGAAGGGAGAGGAAAAGCAGCAGUUGCAGAGUUGGAAAAAGAAGAGCUUCACCCAAAGUUUCAUCAGCUAGACAUCAGUGACCAUGAGAGUGUGUUGCGAAUUAAAGACUUCCUGGAAAAGAACUAUGGAGGCAUUGAUAUUUUGGUCAACAAUGCAGCCAUUGCCUAUGAGUUUAAUGUAAGGAAUAUUUUCUUUUAACAACAAACAAUACUCUUUAUUUUAAUAAUUUAUCAAUUUCUUAAUUUUUUAAAAUUACAACAAAAAAAAAGAACAUAUUUACCAAGUGUUAUUUUUGUCAAAAGACUCCAUUCUAUAAGUUACAAACAAAUUAAUUUUUUUUUGUCAUCAGAAUACUCAUAGUUGCAACACAAAAGCUAUGCAGCUAACAACAAAUGAUUGCAUUCAUUUUUCUUAAUAUUGGCAAGAUUUCUUUCAAUAAUCUUUGUAAAGAAAAAACAACAAAGCAUAUCACUUAGACUUACUAUCACUAACAUUCGCAUGUUUGAAAAUUGUAUUUAUAAGAAAUUAGCUAUUUAAAUAACCCAUUAAAAAAAACUAUAUAUCUAAUCUAAACUUAUCUUUUUUAUUAUAGAGUGUCCUAUCCCCUCCCAUUGGCCAGGCAGCUGAAGAGGUUUGUAAGAUUAACUACUUUGGAACUUUGGAUGUUUGCCAGGAGCUCUUUCCAUUACUUAGACCACAUGCCAGGUAAGUUUAAAUACUUUAGCCUGUGAUUUAUUAAAAAAAAAAAUUCUGCACUAUCCAUCACUUUGCAACUCUCCUGGCCAUUAGAGUGUCAGUCAAGAUUGUACUUUAAAUUUAUUACUUUUUAUUCUAAAAUUUACAAAAUCAGUCGUGUUAUGCUUAAUGUAAUAUUUAUAAUUUUAAUUACCUGUAUCCUUAUUAAACUGAUAAAGUUGUGUUCUUAUUAGUUGAUAUAUUCUCCAUCUCUGUUUGAUUUUAAGAAAUAAAUAUACACAGCACAUAUACAUAUAAUGUUGAAUAAAAAGGGCAAGCCUCUAAUUAACUAACAGAAAUUAAUUUAAUAUUUUGUUUCAGAGUUUGCAAUGUCUCAAGUAUCAACUGUGAGUUUUCUUUGUCUGAAUACUCAGAUGAACUAAAGGCAAAAGUCAGGAAAACAGAUUUGACAAUUGAUGAUAUCACAGCUUUGGUGAAACAGUUCGUUGAGUAUGUCCUUAGUUUGGCAGGUGUAUGUCCUUAGUUGGCAGACAUAUGUCCUUAGUGUUGCAGACAUAUGUCUUUAGUGUGGCAGACAUAAAUUUUUGGAAGAGAUAUGUAAAAUUAGAUUGGUAAAUUAUUUCCAUCUACAAAAUUAUUGAGCUAUAUGAUUUGUGUUAUGGACCAUAACUGUCAUUCUUUCUGGAUAUGUCAGUAGAAAUGCUUGUGCAUAUAUCUGAUUUGUAAUCAAUAAGUUUUUGACCGUGGUAAAUUUGAGAAUCACUGUUCUCAAUAGCUUUUUAGCUAGCAUGUAAACAUUUUUAGAGUAUACAUUUUUUAAACCCUUUUUCCCCACCUUAAGUGCUGCAAAUAAGAAUCAAUUAAAGGAGCAGGGCUUUGACAGCUCACCUUAUGGGAUCUCCAAAGUUGGGGUCAGCCUUAUGACUAUCUUACAACAGAAAGAACUUGAUGCCAAAGGAGCAGAGGAUAUUGUUGUCAAUGCUGUAGGUAUUGAUUUCUUGGUAAAUGAUAAUGAAGAUGUUACAAUGAGUGACUUGUGCAAGAUGUUUUAAAUUGUAAUGAACAAUUUAUAACUAACUGAUCCCUUUUGGGAUAUUUUAUAUUUGUUUACUUUUAUUUUUCAACUGUCUUAUCCUCAGUGUGAUGUUGGUCUAGUUGCUACUGAUAUGACAGGUGGUGCUGGAAUGCCCAUAGACCAAGGUAAGUUUUAUUAUAUAAUUGUGCAGUGGUGCCCCGAAAUUCUUGUAAAUAUCUUUUUUUGAAUUCAAUGAACAUCAUUAAAAAUAAAUUCAAACUGCCUUAUUUCACACAUAUUUAAAAACUAUGUGUAAAUUGAUAUGCCUAAAUUCCAGUAAGCAUUUUUUUUAUUAAUAACCAUCAUUGUGAUUGUUUUUAUAUAAACUUUGGUUUCAGGAGCAACAACUCCUCUCUACUGCUGCCUUCUUCCCCCUGACAUUGAAAGUCCAAGAGGCAAGUUCAUUAUGAACAAGAGAGUGUAUGAUUGGUUAACUGCCUGUACCACUGAAGCCACUGCCUCAUAAAGUUGGACCUGAAUUUUUUUACCAGUUGCAAAAGGAUUCGGGCAAUCACUAGAAAUUUAUUGCAUUUAAAGGUCACAUCAAUUAUAAACACUUGACUUAACUGUAGCUCAUUCUUUACCGAUAACAAUAUAAUAAUGUAUGAAUAAACUGUUUUCUGGAAUGUUAAAAUAUUUCUUUUUUACCAUUUGGUACCUUAAAUUAUUUGAAUUUAUUUUUCAUUAUAAAAGGAUACAAUUUGGCUCAUUUGUAACAAAACAAAUUCUUUUUAUUUUUGUUACACUAUGACCUAUACUUUAAGAUUGGUUUCAACAGUGCAUUCACCUUACCAAAAUUAUAUUCUCUUUUCAGUUAGUUAUUAUUUUAAUGACAAGAUUGGCUGUAUAAUCUUUUUUUUUUUUUUCUAAGUUGGUUCAAGAUAGACAAACAUUAUUUUUAAUUGAAGAUUAAACAUUUUGACAGUAUUAUAAGAUUAAAUUAAUAUUGUGAGUUCAGCAUUUAUAUCAAAUAUACCAAAUGAAAUGCAUAUCAUGAAGUAAGCAAUUGAAUGUCCAUAUUAUAAUUGCCUGAGAAGCAAUCUCUUCUUCUUAUGCACAAUGUAUUGUUUUGUACUCCAUCACAUUUUGAUGUCACCUGAAUCUUGUGGUUAUGUUCUAAAGAUGCAAGUAAACGUAAUGCUUUGUAUAACACCCCGGCUGUGUCAUCUGCCGUUUUUUGUUACCUUAGGAUCUCACCCUGUAUAUUUUUGUUAUUAAUUGUUUGAUACCGGCUAUCCUGGCUUUAAUAAUUUUUCCUAAGUUUAUUGAAUUUUGUUUUGUUAAAGACAAUGAACAUUGGUGUUUUAUAUUGACAAUGACAUGGUGUCUGUCUCUACGUGAAAUUUACAAUUUUAAAUGAUGGUUAUUUCCUACAAGUUAAAAGUGUCAUGCUGAUAUGGCUAAUUUUGCUCAUCUUAUGCGAGACUUUUCAAAAAAAUUUUUGUUUUAUCAGUCUCGGAAAGAAACUCAAUUAUUUUUACCAAAUUUUUUUUUUUAUUAUCCCACUUCUUGCUUAUUUGAUCUUUUGAAGUUGCCCCUUUCCUAGUUGCAGUUACUUUGUAUCAGGGAUCUCCAGCUUCCAACUCAUCAAACCCUAUCACACAAUUGAGUGCUGCUUACAGCUUAUUGAGAAGUAAGAAAGAAUGGAUGAAUAUUAUACUGCAUUUAUUACCACAACCUAAUAAUCUAAUGAAAAUGUUGCCUUAGAAGUGGAGAAUUUUAACUAACCAAUGAUCAUUUCAAAAUUUAUACUUCAAAUAUUUAAAGUAAGCAAAGUUUAUUAAUUUACUAAAUAUAAUUAAUUUUUAAAAAAUAUUCAGUACAUGUAAAUCAGUCGUUUUGGAUCAUAACAAUUGUGUUGUGAGCAGCCCUCAUGGUGGUUUAAGAUCCUUGUAUAAUUUUCAAUGCCUGUGAUUAAGUUGUUAUACAUGAAUUUUUUUUUUUAAAUUGCUUAGGAAGAAAACUUUAUUUUACCAUUCCAUUUUUUUUGUUUGGCUAAAGCUUUAUUUGAAAUCAACUGAUUUAGCAUUGCUCAUAUGUAAGUUCUCUUUUUUUUAUUUUACACUUGUGCAAUUUAAUCACCUGUGUAGACUUGUGUCCUGUGAUGUUUUAGAUAUUUUAGCAGUCCAAACUAAAUUAUAUGGUGUGAGUUUAUGAUCUCUAGAACUUUGGGGUUACCUCACCUGAUAUCGGUUGGUCAUCUAUAUAUCUUAUGAAAACUGUCUAUAUUAAUACUACAAUGAGAAUACAGCUAUAUUUCUGUUUAAAACUGUCAGCAUAUAAUAACAUAUGAAUAAAAUAACCUUAAAUCUAUUUAUAAACAUAGUCGAUGAACAUAAAUUAAUAAAUUUCUCAAUAAUGUAACAUUAGUUUUAGAAAAAUAAAAAAUUGAAUGGAACCAAUUUGUAUUUUAUGUGUU